AUGGGUAUCAAAGAUCUUCUAAAAUUCUUGAAACCCCACACUGAAUCCAUUCACAUCAAAAAAUAUGCCGGCAAGCGUGUGGGCAUUGAUGCUUAUUCAUGGCUUCACAAAGGAGCUUAUUCUUGUAGUAUGGAGCUAAGCCUUAAUAUGGAGGGUGACAAGAAAUUGCAGUAUUUGAAAUAUUUCAUGCAUCGAAUAAAUCUACUUCGGCACCAUAAAAUCACCCCUAUUGUUGUUUUUGAUGGAGGAAACAUCCCAUGUAAGGCGGUGACACAGGAUGAGAGGGAAAGGAAGAGAAAAGCAAAUCGUGAAUUAGCAAUGGAGAAAUUGAAAGAAGGUGAUGUUUCAGCUGCCUCUGAGCUCUUUCAGAGGGCAGUUACUAUCUCCCCUUCUAUGGCGCACCAACUGAUUCAGGUUUUGAGAUCAGAAGACAUUGAGUUUGUUGUGGCUCCAUACGAGGCUGAUGCACAAUUGGCAUAUUUGUCAAGCCUUGAAGCAGAAAAAGGUGGAAUUGUGGCUGUUGUUUCAGAGGAUAGUGACUUACUGGCUUACGGAUGCCCUGCUGUCAUCUUUAAGAUGGACCGGUAUGGGAAUGGUCAAGAGAUAAUUCUAGACAAGGUUUUAGGUUCCUCUGAUCGUGUACCUUCCUUCAGGAAUUUUGACAAAAACCUGUUCACAGGUAUGUGUGUUUUAGCUGGCUGCGAUUUCCUUCCAUCUAUCCCUGGAAUUGGCAUUGUUAAGGCUCAUAGUUUGGUUUCCAAGUAUCGUAACUUAGAUCGUGUUCUUUCUGUUUUAAAGUUUGGGAAAGGAAGUCAAGUGCCUGAACAAUACUCAAAAUCCUUUAGAGAAGCAGUUGCAGUUUUCCAUCAUGCCCAUAUAUAUGAUGCUGCCUUGAAGCAACUUAAACACAUGAAACCCAUACCAGAAGAUCUUUUAAAGAGUUUUGAUGAAGAACUUGACUUCUUAGGGCCAGAAUUGCCUCGGUCAAUAGCAACCGCUAUUGCUGAAGGUAACCUGAAUCCCUGUACAAUGGAGGCAUUCAGUUACUUUCCAACCUCAAGUCAAACGAAUUCCACCAACAUGGUCAGAUGUGAUCGAUUGAAGAAGCAGAAGCAAGAGAAACAAUCUCUAUCUUCAGAAGAUGGUUGCUUUGCCGCAGUUACCUCAUGUAAAUCCAGAAAAGAUGAAAAAAGAGUAUCUGAGCAUAAGCAGGCGCCUUUUGUUGUUGGAAGGAAGCACAUAGAUGGAGCUGUAGAGCUUGAAAAGCUGAAACUCCCUUUGAUGAAUGAUUGCGAGGAAGAAAGCAUAAUUAUUAUCCAGAAAGAAGUUCCCAAGCUUCCAGAGAACAAUCCAUUCAAGAAAAGAAAUAUGGAAGAUAUUCUGCUAAAGCAGACAGAAAGUACAAUUAAACAAGUGUCAGUGCUUACUGAGACUGAAAGUUCAGAAAUGUUGUACCCGACUCCGGAUUCACAGCAAAGUGUGGAUUCUAAGCCUGUCAAGACUACUGAAGAGGACACAAGUGUUCAUAGAGAGAAGAAAAUGAAGAGAAGUAGUAAUUGCCAUAGUUCUGUUCAAAAGAGCAGUAUUUUGAACUUCUUUUCCCGAGUUUAAUUCUCACUUUCGUUGUUGAAUAUAUUAAUUGAUUUUAGUUCUA